AAACGAUACGCCAACAUGCCCGACAGAAAAGCGGUCGUGUGUUAUGGGCUGGUGUACAUUCUGUGUACCCAGGUGCUGUCCACCAAUUCGCGCACCUCCACACUGUGGAAGCUAAACUCGGAGGAGGGUAAAAUUGUCAGUGUGUCCGGGGGUACGAACUGCAAAUUACAGAGUUCCAGUGCAAAGCCCACAGAAAACACAGCCACCACUGAGGAAGGUGUGUUUGUGCCGCACAACGUGGAUGAGCUGCUGAAUCCGUACCAUCCCGAGGAGGAUGAGGAGUCAACGUUUCACAUAAUCACUACCACCGCGGCUAACUAUCGUGACAAUACAUGGAGGCGGCACGCCCGGGACAACAUUAUAGUGAAUCUAGCGAAGGCCGCUUCCGACAUUAGGUCUAACGCAAACAUGAAAGGAACCAGCGUCAGUGCGGAAUCGGACGUGCUCGAUUGCGGCAAACCGGUCAACUUUACGUACUACGAUGAUUUGAUCGGUGUGGCGCAACGAUACAGCCAUCCGAUCGUACCCGAGCCGGAGGUGGCGUACCUGUUCCUGAAGAAAAAAGGUCCGAAAUCGUUGAAAAACUUCGACAUUGAUGCACUGGAAAGGCGCCUCCGGAAGGCGAAAAGCGAAAAACCACGAUCAGUGCAGCUCUACAAUCAAAUUGGCAACUUUUGGCGAAUAAAGGGCGAUGCGCGCUAUUCGAUCGAAUGUUUCCGUGGUGCGCUCGCAAUGGCACCGUCGAACGCGGAGGUUUUACUGAACCUUGCCCGGGUGCUGUUCAAUCUGCAGUAUUUGGAUGAUGCGAUACACCUAACCAGACGCUCCCUUGAAGUGCAGCCAAGGGAUCGAAGCGCAUGGCGGCAGUACUUUACACUGGGUGAAAUUUUUAAAGCCUACGGCCACUUUCAAGAAUCGGUUAACCAUUUGCGGCAAGCGUUGGAACUUUAUCCACAGUACGAACCCAUCAAGAAGGCAAUUGCGGAUGUGGAAAAUAUUUCUGCCUCGUCGUUACACAUAUUUACCAUCAUCAUCAUUAUUUUCCUGGUGAUGUGCGUGCUAUAUGUGAUUCUUUCGUCGAACGAAAGCAACCAAAACAGCCACGAACUGGAGCAGAAGGCGACCCGGCACUUUAACCGUGCCAUGGCGAUGCGCUCGUUAAAGGGCUUCACGCAGCGUUCGUUUAAAAAUCGAAAGUAA